UCGACAAUCAAGUAAUAACGUUUUCCAUGUGUGCAGAUCGGCAGGGGUGAUCAUUUAUACGCAACGAAAACGAUUGUUUAAGUUAAAAACAUUCAGUUAGGCUUUUACAUGUCGAACAUACAUCAUUGCAAAGAUGAGCUCCUUUCUGAUAGACUCGAUCACGCCAAGCAGUCAUCGCAGAAGCCCGUCGCCAGUAGCACUCCCGAGAACCAGGGCACCGAUUCCAUGUGAUAUGAUGGCCUGGAGAGAUUACUGGCUACUCCAACAAGAUAAGAUCAAUUUUUGCCACUUGUGCAGUCCAGGAAAAUCUACCUUUGGCUCCUAUAGAAUAUCUACGAGAAGUCAAGACCACCCAUUCGUACAUCAAAAUUACAUCGCCAAGAAUGACCAGCUAAUGGAAGGUGAUUUUCACAGUUCGAGUGACGCCACGAGACACUUCAAAUCAUACUUUGGUGGUCGUGAAAAUGACAUGGCCGUGAAAAAGAGAAUACGAACGGCUUACACAAGUCUACAAUUGCUGGAGUUGGAAAAAGAAUUCAGUAACAAUCGCUAUUUAUCUAGACUGAGAAGGAUUCAAAUCGCCGCCAUGCUCGAACUCACUGAAAAACAAGUGAAAAUUUGGUUCCAAAAUCGCCGCGUCAAGUGGAAAAAGACCGCAAGACUUUCAACUCAAAUCAACAGUAUCGCUCGUUCCUCCAAUGAAUCAGUAAAAUGCAAAGCACAAAGCCUCAAUGAUGGCAUUAUUCUUAGCAAGAACGACUGGAAAUUGUAACUCUUCCAAUAUGCACAAUCAAGUUUACAAGAAAAAACAACAAGAACAGAAAGUGAUGCACCAAUUUUUCUUCCAUGAAUUUUUCCCAAUAAUAAAAAUAAUAGAGAAAAUAAUAAUACUAGACGUAUAUGCUUUCUUACUUUCAAGUUUUGAGAAUUCUACAUGGUGUAUUGAAAAAAGUUUACAAUAGGGAAAGUGUCGCAAAAUUCAUUAGCGCAAAAUAUUUGCGAAAACCUUUAUAGUGUAAAAAUAAGUAUAGUUGGAUUUCCAAUGUUCAUGUGACAGUAAAUUUUUCG